AUGGUGCAUAAUGAGUUAAAAGGUGAUGAGGCUGGGCAAUCCCCUCAACCAGACAAGGAAGAUAAUAAACCUUGUAACACAAAAAGGAAGUCAGGUCAAAAGUUCAAUCUGAAGAAUAAUAGGAACCUUAUGGAGGAAGCCAUUGGCCUAGGAAAACGAAGAAGCCAUUGCUCAACUUUCCGUACUGAUUCGAGAGUAUCUUCUCAUCCAAUAAGAAAUGUGGGAUGCCAAGGUUUUAGAUCUAAAGAAGAAGAGUAUAGAAGUAUAGAUGAUUUGAUUGGCUUUGAUAACUUGAAAACCAUGUUUGAGGCAGAAGAUAUCAGAAGGAGAAGGAAAGGAACACUAAAGAUGCAUCAGAAAAGCUUUUUGUGA